AUGGAUUCGAGCGCGUGGCCGACGCUCGCGGACUUGAUUGGGCAGGAACCUAGGGCUUGCAUCUGCGUCUUGACGGUGUCGACGGGGAACAUCGCCAUGUGCUCAACCAUGCCGGCGACAGAGCCGCCGAUCAUGAACUGCCAGAAAUGGAUCCCGUCGUGCGCCGCCACAGCGGCGGAGGGUUCCGGCUGGUGUUCCAUGUGGUGCUGCGGGACAGGGAUCAGCUCUGGAUUAUGGAAUUUCGCGGAGGCGUCGGUGGCCAUUCGAGAUGGAAAGGGUUCGGAUAAGGAUUUGAGUGAAAUUGGGGUUUAG